CCCCCCGCAGGGGCCACGGCGUCCCCGAGGCGCGGCCCGACGGGGCCCCUCGCACGCCCCCGGCCGGCGGAGCGCCCGCCCCUGCGCCCCGCCGCGCCGCCCACAGUCCAGAUGGGACGGAGGGGAGCGCCUCUCGCGCCUUCCUCCCUGCGCGGCCCUCGGCCAGUCGGUCCCCCUCUUCCUCCUCGCGCGGCCAGCCUCGCGGAGCCCGUCCGGACCAGGUCACGAGGACGGACGCACAGCCCGGACCUCUCCCUGCCCUCCCUCCCCGAGGGCCAGCCGCCGCCGCCGCGCCAGGCGGGAGCCGGGCAGCGAUGCUCCUGCCCUCCGGGGCGUGCGCGGCCCCCGCCACCUGCUCGCUGGGGAAGAGGACACGCAGAGGAGCGACUGGCACAGCCCAAGUACUCCAACCUUGACCCAGGCAUGCAGGCCCCACCCUGCAGCCUUCCCACUGGGCUCAGCCUGGACGACUUCAUCCCCAGUCACCUCCGGGCCCACGUGCGGUCCUCGUCCCGGGGGACACGGGUGCCUGUGAUCCGGAAUGGCGGCUCCAACACCCUUAAUUUCCAGUUCCAUGACCCUGCUCCCAGGACGGUGUGCAAUGGGUACUUCACACAGAGGAGAGAUGCUUCUCGGCACCCAGACCUUGCUUGGUAUCAGACCUGGCCAGGCCCGGGGAGCCGGCCCUCUGCGAGCCAGAAGACCCCUGCCUCCCAGUGUCCCCAGAACUGGUCAGCCACGUGGACCAAGGACAGUAAACGUCAGGACAAGCGCUGGGUCAAGUAUGAGGGAAUCGGGCCCGUGGAUGAGAGCGGCAUGCCUAUUGCUCCCCGAUCAAGCGUUGACAGCCCCAGGGACUGGUACCGGAGAAUGUUCCAGCAGAUUCACAGGAAAAUGCCAGAUCUACAGCUGGACUGGACCUUUGAGGAGGCACCCAAAGACUCCAGGCAUCCAGGGCCCCAGCAAAGACCUGCCUUCAGGCCAGGCCAAGCCUCCUCUCUGAGCGGGAGGAGCUGGGGCCUCUCUGAGGAGUUUCCUAGAAGCACCUUCAACUGUAAUCCUGGAGCACUCUCCUCCCCGCUCCAGACCAAAAAUCAGGUGCCCAGACACCAAGAGAAAGCAGACAGUAUCUGGACUGAAGAUUCUUGGAACCAGUUUUUGCAAGAACUAGAAUCUGGGCGGAAGCCUAAGAAACCACUGGUGGAGGACCCUGUUGAGAAGCCCUCCCAGCCCAUUGAGGUCCUCCUGGAGAGAGAGCUGGCCAAGCUGAGCGCGGAGCUGGACAAGGACCUGCAGGCCAUUGAGACCCGGCAGCCGACGCCCAAGGUGCCCCAGGCGCCCCGUCGGGUCCGGGAGCCGCGGUCCCCCGUCCGCCCUGCCUCCGCCUGGAGCUCCAACUCCUCGAAUGCACUUUACCAGGGUUCCUCCUGGUCCCUGAGCCCCCACAGAAUGGCGGAUGGAGGAAGCCCCUUCCUAGGUCGUAGGGACUUUGUCUACCCCUCCUCAGGCCGAGACCCUAGUGCCUCUGAACGAGGGGGCAGCCCAGCCAGGAAGGAGGAGAAAAAGAAGAAGGCCGCCCGACUCAAGUUUGACUUCCAGGCCCAGUCCCCCAAGGAGCUGACCCUGAAGAAGGGCGACAUCGUCUACAUCCACAAGGAGGUGGACAAGAACUGGCUGGAAGGGGAGCACCAUGGUCGGCUGGGCAUCUUCCCUGCUAAUUACGUGGAGGUGCUGCCUGCGGGUGAGACCCCCAAGCCCAUCAAGUCCCCAACCUACCAGGUGGUGGAAUAUGGAGAAGCCUUGGCCCAGUACAACUUCAAGGGGGAUCUGGAAGUGGAGCUGUCCUUCCGCAAGGGGGAGCGCAUCUGCCUGAUCCGCAAGGUGAAUGAGAACUGGUACGAGGGGCGCAUUUCAGGCACAGGGCGCCAGGGCAUCUUCCCUGCCAGCUAUGUGCAGGUGUGCCGCGAGCCCCGACUCCGGGUCUGCGACGAUGGUCCCCAGAUUCCUGCCUCCCCCCACCUGACCACCACCCACCUGGCCCAUCACCCCAGCUCCCCAUUAACGCCACGCAGCCCAGCUGAAUCCACCAACUUGGGGGGCCGGACCUCCCCCCGCCGCACUGGCUUCUCCUUUCCCACCCAGGAGCCCAGGCCCCAGACCCAGAGGCUCAGCUCGCCUGGCUCAGCGCUGUCCCAUCCUGAAGGCUCCAGCCAUCCCCUGGACCUGGGGACUUCCUCCCCCAACAUCACACAGAUACACUGGACCCCGUACCGGGCGAUGUACCAGUACAGGCCCCAGAAUGAGGACGAGCUGGAGCUGCGGGAGGGGGACCGGGUGGAUGUCAUGCAGCAGUGCGAUGAUGGCUGGUUUGUGGGUGUCUCCCGGAGGACCCAGAAAUUUGGGACGUUCCCUGGAAAUUAUGUAGCCCCAGUGUGAAUGGUCUCCGUGGCAUCUCAGAGCCCAGCCAGGAUGGCGUGGGCAGCAGUGGCACUUAAGGAAGGGAGAGAGGACCGCCACCACCACAUCCUCCUUCCAGGACCCGAGCUGCUGGCAUCUGCAGAAAACCCCAGCAACCUUUCCGUGGAACCCCUUCGAAGCCCGCUGGACUGCUUUCCACCCGCAAUUCACAAGCAUUCCUCCAGCAGCCCUUUAUUUUCUCCCCUUCCCCACUCCCCAAAUACAGAGGUCUGCUUUGAAGUGGA